AGUGUGAAGUCGCGAGUCGAGCAAGGCAUUGAAUAGUGCGGUUGAAUUUUGCUGUGGAUAGAGUUACCUUUUUUUUCAGUUAAAAAUCCUAACUUUUCGUUAAAAAAUUUUUCCUCCUUCAAUUAUCUAAUUAUUGAUAUUGUUAAAUAAUCGUUAGAUAAUGAGUGACAUGCCAACGCGAAUAUAAGUGCCAAACCGGCAAAGAAAUGUCGUGUCCCGUGAAUGGCUUUUCCUUGGAAAACAAUUGGAGAUCGAAAGAAGGCGAACAACGAGGUACCUAGACCAAAUAGAAGAAAUAAUAAUAAUAAUAGAGCCGGCCUCAACGAGAAAUGGGGAAAAAGGGUGCAAAACGAAAAACACGUUGGAGAACACUCAGUAUUGGCACUCCACCGGGUGAGGAGGACGAGGAGGAUGGAUUAAAGAAUGGGUAUUUAAAGGGACAAGAAAAUGGUACGAAUUCACGACCGUUUGAUAGGAAUGGACAGACGAGUUACAGGCCACGAAAAACAGGAAGCGGGACCACCACCACGAGUGGAUACACGAGUGCAAGUUCAAAAUCAAGAAGAGAUGACUCCACUGGUUCGCCGUCACAGCCAAAGAUCAUUUUUAAUGAGGAGGAAUACACGCGAAUCACAACACCGCGACAGGAUGUUCUAUUUAAAAAAGGUUAUCUUUCACAGAAAAAACCAUGGACAAGCACAGCGAGCACGAGUGCAACACCAUCGACCACUGAGAGUCAAUCAGCCUCUCAUUCCACCGCAGGUAGAGGUAUAGAUGGAAGUGAGACGACUGAGGAUCAACAGCUGCUGGACAGCGGAGCAGGAGAGUAUUCGUCAGUGAUUGAACCUGCGGCACAAUUAGGAUAUGGCACAUUUUACGAUCAUGCCAGUGGUUAUUAUUACGAGUAUCCAGUGAUGCUGGUGGGUCCACCAAUGCCCGAGCAAAUGGAGCCAAAUUGUCUAGCAGCAAUGUCUUGUGGUCCGGUACCACUCAGACCUAUCGAGUGGGUGAAUCCCGCUUUCGUUCCAAAAAUUGAUGGUCAACAAUUUUGUUACACUGACUAUCAGUCAGCGCAGGGUGUUGAUUGCGCAGCAAUGGUAGACGCACAAGGAAUGAUGGUGACUGCCGAAAAUACGAAUUUAAAUGGUAAUGAGAGUUAUGCGGAAAGUGCGAGUUGCAGUGGAAGCAUCGCUGGCGAAGAUACAUUGGAACAAACUGAGGAAAACACUGAAGAGCUUCCAGUUAAUGAAGUUCAGGAUAAUUAUAACGGAGGAGCGUACAUUGAGCCUCCGACACUUGUGCCGCCAAUGCACAUAACACCCGUCGUGCAACCAUUACCGCAGCCCUACAUGUAUCCUGGACACUACAUGUUUGGACCAUCGCUCGUUAACGUUAAUGGUGUCACCAUCCAAAGCGGGCCAAUGGUCAGGUACAACGAUGUCAUGGCACCAACAACACCAAUGACGUGCGCCAAGUGGAGAAGAAAGAAAAGGAAGAGAAAGCAGAAGCGACCUCCUGUUCCUGGAAAUACGGAGGACGAAGAGGAAGAGGAAUACAGUUCGGAAUGGGAGAAUGGUUCAACACGACAGCCUUGGACGGAGAGUUCAUCAACAACAACAACAAGGCCCCUAAAUCCUGAAUGUCAAGAAUUCCAACUUCGAUCCAAUGUUGACAGUCAAUCGCCAAAUGUUGAAUCAUCCACACCUCACGAGAAUUCACUCAUGGAAACAAAUUUGAAUCUGCCUUCCUUGGAAAUUUCCACUCUUCAAACGAGUCAAAAUUCACACGAAGACAAAGCAGCAACUGUUUCCAUGACAAACAUGCUCAACGACUGUCCCAUUAAUGGGGACAAUUCAAAAAGACUGACCGAAUCCUCCUCCGGAUUCCCGCAAGAACCUUCCGCAAAAGAGACUGACGGAGGCACAAUAGAACCACGAGGUGCUUCAAUUAAAGACGAGCCCAAUUUCCACGAUUCCUCCAAAUCAUCCAAUCAGCACAACAAUUCACACGAUCACACCAUCAACGUUCCAAAUUCACCAUCAACUGAAAAUUUAACAAAUCAUCUUAAUCAUCAUCUCCACAAUCAUCAAAAUUCCACGAAGGUUCAACAAUUAGCAAACAUUCAAAAUUCCCCAAUUAGUCAAAAAUCAACAAAUAUUCAUCAUCAAAAAUCAUCAAAAUUAUCCAAUAGUCAAAAAUCACCGAAAAAAUCGUCAAGUGGCAAAAAAUCAAAUAAAUCGUCAAACAUUCAAAAAUCUUCCCCAUCGAGUAUCGAAAAUUCAAAAAUUGAAAAUUCGACAAAUAUUCAAAAUUCGAAUAUACAAAAUUCUUUGAAUGAUCAAAUUGAUGAAAUUUUACCCAUCGAUCAUCAGAAUUCUCUCAAUAUUUGCAAUUCGUCAAAUACAAAAACAGACGAUGACGAACAACUAUCGCGAGAGAUCAUCAACCUAAAAAUACGAAUUAACGGCAUUAGACCAACAAAAGCAAUCGUUGAAGCCACAACACCACAAGAUGAAAAACCAUGUUCACGAGCUGCUAGUCCGGAAAUAAAUUGUACAAUAACUCCAAUAAAUGCCGAGACGCAACGUCUUCCUGAAAUUUACGAAUCCCUAGUCACAAGACCCAUUGUUCCACCAAGAAGAAAAUACAGUGCAAAGAAUUCAAAAUUCGUUCGCGAACCAACACCGGGUCCCGAUUUAACCGAUGAAUUCGAUUUGGAAAAAGAGAAAAAAAUUGACGAUAAUCAAAUGCACAAUGGUUCAUUGAACUGCGAGCGUCUUGAUGAUUCUCAAAUAGUACAAACAAACGAUGAUAACAUCAAUGAACGAGUGAAAUUUGAAGAAAAAGAAGAAGAAAAAAUUCAACCACUCGAAAAUAAAGUAAAUCGUCCAAUAACCGAAGCAGUGACGGAAUGGCUUCGUAAGGCAGACUCACAGGAUUUAUUUGUCACCACAACGGGUCUUGAAUCGGAGACUGACAGUGAUGAUAUCGACGAUAAUGAAGAGCACGAUGAGAGUGAUGAGGUGAAUGAUGAGAAUUUAACGAGAAAGCCGCCAAAAAACUUGCAGGGCAACCCCAUACCUGCACUAUCUUCUAAAGGCUAUGUCAACAAUGAAUUGUUGAUACGUCUCGCCAAUUGCGGCGAUUUCGCAACAACAAACAAAAAAAUUCGAGAGCAAUUAAAGAGUUUGACAAAAAGUUCGUCAUUAAUUUCGCGGAGAAUGAAAAAUUCAAGAGGUAAAUUUAAUAAAACUUCUGACCACAAUGGUAACAUUAAAUUAUGCAACUCCGUGAAGGUUAACAACUUAAUGUUUGUUGGUGAUUGCGAUUUUACCAAGGAGGAUAGCGAUGCGGGUAUGAGGGUUGCCUUAAACUCUCGGACAAAUGAUGAUGAGGUGAAGAAGAUCCAAUGUGACAAGAGAAUCCCAACGGAGGAUCCAACAAUUGUGAAAACAUUCGAAAAAGGCGAAAUUGUUGUAUCAAUUGAGGGUAAACUCCUGCAGGAUAAGAAAUUUCACUACGAGCCGAGUAAAUGCUUUCAGAACGAGCAGUCAGAGCGGUUUGAAAAAGACAAGAUGACGAAUGAAAAAAAUGAUGAUGGGAAAAAAUGCAACGACAACGACGACGAUGAUGAAGAAAUGGAGAUUGAGGAGCCAGAUGUGCUUGACUGUUGGGAGGCUGAGAUUGUUGAGCCAAUUUUAAAGCAUAGUAAUUCUCUUAAUCAAGAAAAAAUCGAAAAAGAAGAGGAUGAUCUCGAUCCAGAAGUGGAGCACGUGAAAAAUGACAAACUCAUAAAGGAAAGUGUGACAAGUGACAUCAGCGUCAUAAAUAAUGAGAAAACGAACUCAGGUAACGUGCCAAACAGUCCCGCGAGUCUUCAAAGUGAGGAGAUUCCAAUUUUCAUGUCGACAAAACAAAAAAUACCAAUUGAUGAGGCUUUCGAGGUUUAUGAAAGUUGCUAUAAUGGAAAUCAAUAUAUCACUCUGGAUCCGAGAUUCAGGAGGCAGUCAAAAAUUGGUCACGAGGACGGCCCUAUACCUUGUAAAGCGGUCUGUUGCAAUAUACAGUAAAUUCUAUUUGUAAACUCGUUAUCGGCAGGGACGAUAUUCUUUAGGAUUAGUUCAGAUCAGUGUCAUUUUGAAACAAACAAAAAAGAAACACUUUAAAACGAAUUCACUCAUCAAUUAACGACAAGAAAGUACAACGUUAAAUAUAAUGAAAGUCAAUUAAUAACAUUUUUCUCAAAAAACAAAGUUUCUUAAUUUAUACCUACGCUUUUAAAUUCAAUGCGAAAGAAUUCAUCUUCAGUUUUUCUUCAUUUUUAAUAGAUCAUCUCUAUUUACCAGAUUUAAAAAUAAAAUGAUCCGCAAUUUUUGAACGAAAUAUUUUAUUUAUUUUCAAAAAUUACUAAUUACAACAAAAAUUAACAUGUUA